AUGAAGCCAAAUUAUGGACCUGUCAAGAACAGGCACACGUUCAGAGGUUCAAAUCACAACCGGCCAAAAGAUGCGAAAAGCUCACAUCUCCGCUCCAAAGCAACAAUCAAUCGUUUGAGAAUGUACAAGAGCUUCAAGCCUAUACGAGACAAAGACGGGACGAUCCUUAAAGCAGCUCCGUUCCAAAGCUGGUUAAAGUCUGGCGCUGUCGCACGAGUUGAACCAAACAGAAAAUGGUUUGGAAACACCAGAAUUGUCGGACAGGACCAGUUACAGAAGUUCCAAGAAAAUUUGGGAAAAGUUAUGCGUGAUCCUUUCCAGGUAGUAAUGAAACAAACAAAACUUCCCAUCAGUCUGCUACAGGAAAAGGCCAAGCAACAACGUGUUCACGUAACCGAUACGGAGUCUUUCGAGUACACUUUUGGAAAGAAGGCUUUGAGGAAGAAGGCGAAAUUGUCUUGUGAAAGCCUUGAGGAUAUGACGAAGUCAAUUGAAGAACGCAGUGAAAAAUACGAUGUAGCGAAGGAUCGCGAUAUACAACCAGAUGAUCGUGAAUUGAUUCGCUUCGAAAAUCCCAACCCUCUUUUCAAA